AUGAGAAGGAGUAUGCCGGGAACGUCAAGAAGAGGUUAUGGCAGGCACCUCAUGCGAUUUGCGCUGUGCCUGGCACCAUUUAUACUGCUGGGAGACAUGGCCUUAGUUGCUCCGCUUGCUCGCCUUCCUGCGUCGAGCACCUCCGCCGAGAUAGCAGAGGUCCUGAUACGCGAUGGCAUCGUGGUUUUGGAUCGGUGGACCUCGCCGGAGAAAGUGGCAACAGCCUUGCAGGAGCUCGAGACGGGCCGCAUGUCCGAAGGACGAAAUGUGCGUUUCGGAGGCAGUACGCAGCUGCUGAAGUGGCCUCUGGAUGCCAAGAAGGAGCCGGCGUUACGGAGCCUUGCCCAAGACGCCGUUCUACAGGAGGCCAUUGAGCUGGCCCGGAGGGCGCAUGGAGAGGGCUCGCACCACUCCAUCGCCUGGGAGGUACGGCUCUUGAUCCUGGCACCCGGCACCCCAGAAGGCGACAUGCACCGCGAUGUCGUGGACACUUCGAAGGUCCCGCUGGAAAGACCGCUGCAAUGGGGCCUGAACACCAUAUGGGCCGUGGAUGACUUCACGAUGGACAACGGAGCCACGAGAUUUGUGCCCGGGAGCCAUUCUGGAAAGUAUCCUCAGGGUCACUGGUCUGGUGAACAUCCAGAGGCACAAGAGGCUGGUGCAGCCGCGAUGCCAGCGGGCUCGGUGGUUGUGUAUUAUGCCAGCACUUUGCAUGGAAGUGGUGAGAAUCGAUCGCCAAAGUCGCGAACAGGACUAAACUUCAAUUAUGCCUUUGUUGACGAAGCUGGCGCCAGACCGUUUGACUGGGGCUUCUGA